CUGGCCUGCCAGUGCUUAACGUCCAGGCCCUAAACCAACCUUGACAUCGCCUCCGAACACUGGCAAACCCACUUUUGCGCGCCCAUUCUGACUGGCUGCGAAGUGUCUUGAGGGGCGGCCGCAGAAAAAAAAUUAUUCUCCGCAGGCUUGAGGCUGUUUUUUUGGCCUACGCAUCGACACCAACACCACGUCGUGUUGGUAGUAGCAUACCAGCUGAGGCUGCCAGACUCGUGCACCACUGUACGACGGGCUCGUGAAUAUGGCUACCGUUGCCAGCAGUGCGGUUGCCCCGGCCCCGUUGAUCACAAGCCUCGAGUCCUCGUCCCAUGCCUUCCUGCAACCUCCGCCGUCCCUACACGCCGAGGCGUUGGCCACGGUUAAGAAUAUUCUUGAUCCAUUAGCGGCAAACGUUGCAGAGAUCCAGAAACUAAGAAGAGAUGAAAACAGGAAGAAGAGGAAACGAGGCGACGUGGAACGUGAAGAGCAAAUCCUGCAACUGCGCCAGGUAUACACUGCUGGGCUGGGAGUAAAGCAGAUAUGGGAACAGGCCAAGAGGGUCCUUGAUGCGGCUUGCUCUGAAAUAGAGAGAGAUCUUACUAGCCGACAGAAUCUCGAACAAGCCAACGCAAGAGUAGCCGGAAAGUCUGAUGCCGAGGAUGCAGUCAAUGGCGUGGCAACGGUCAAUGAUGAAACUGGCCAGGAGACAGAGGAUUCUCUUGAGGACGGAUUUGAAGACGAAGAGUUGUCAGACGAAGAGGGACUGGACGGCGAAGACUAUGACGAAGAAGACGACUUGGACGAAGAUGACGUCGAAGACGAAGACAUCGAGGGAGAUGAUUCUGCUUCUGAGGCUGAGACCAAAGAUCCUGGAACGUUCGUCCCUGACCCCCACAAUCUGAACGAUGGUUUCUUCUCCAUCGACGACUUCAACAAGCAGACACAGUUUCUGGAACAACUAGACGCGAUGGGCGAGGAUGACAACCCAAGUGACGAAGAUGAGAUUGACUGGGACGCAGACCCGUUGGCGAUGCCCCUCAAUAAGCCAAAAGGGAAGUCGAGCGGCUCGGGCAAGAACCAAGCUGGUCCUACCGAUGAAGACAGCGAAUCUGACGAAGAGGACGGCCCUACAUUCGGGAAUGCCGACCUCAACGCCCCAGACAGCGAUGAGGAAAUGUUGGAUGAGGAGACCAACGGCCUUGAAGAUGGUAUCCCAGGUCUAGACAACACAAAUGACAUUCGAUAUGAGGAUUUCUUUGCGCCUCCUCCCAAGAAACUAUCCAAGACAAAACGAAUGCGAGCUCUACCAAAGACGCAGCCUGCGCCCCAAACCCAGCAGCAAGACGAAGACAUCGAGGGGGACAUGCAGCGAGCGAUGAAUGAUGUGCGGCGAGAUUUGCUGGAAUCCGAUGAAGAGCUAUCCGAUGAGGAAUCAGGUUCGGAAGCGGAUGGUGACAGGCCCUCAAUGAAGAACAUGUCAACCCACGAAAAGCAAAGAGCAGCCAUAGCGGCCGAAAUCCGCCGCCUCGAAGCUGCCAACGUCGCCAAGCGUGACUGGACAUUGUCAGGAGAAGCACGAGCUGCAGACCGACCGCUCAACUCGCUGAUCGAGGAAGAUCUCGAAUUUGAGCGAAUCGGCAAGCCUGUUCCUGUGGUCACGUCCGAAGUCUCGGAAGAAAUCGAACAAUUGAUCAAACGACGUAUCCUCGCUCGCGAGUUUGAUGAAGUUGUCCGCCGCCACCCAGAUGCCCUCGGUAAUGCCAACGAAACACGCCGGGGUCGAGUGGAAGUCGACGACACAAAGCCACAGUCCGGCCUUGCAGAAGUGUAUGAGCAGGAACAUCUACGCUCGACAGACCCAGGAUAUGUCGACAAACGAUCCGCGGCGACCAAGAAGCAACAUGAAGAGAUUAGUAGGUUGUGGAAGGAGGUUUCUGCUCAACUAGACCUGUUGAGCAACCUACACUUUAAGCCGAAGCGCGUCGAAGCUGAGAUCAAGACUGUUGAAGAUAAACCUACCAUCAGCAUGGAAGAUGCCAGGCCUGUCGGCAUGGGUGUCAAUGCGGAAGAGAGCAUGCUCGCUCCUCAAGAGGUGUAUCGUCCCGGCGAGGAGAAGACUGACCGCGACCUGGUGGUGCGCAAGAGCGGUGUCAGCGUCAAUAAAGAUGAGAUGACAAGGGAGGAAAAGAUCCGGCGCCGAAGGAGGGAGAAGGAGCGCAUCAAGAAGGCCCAAGCUCAGGGCAAGGCUCCUGUUGCUGGACCUGAUGGCGCCGCGACAACAGUCUCUCGCAAGAAGAAGACCGAGCAGGAGAAGGCUGAUAUUCUGACGGAGCUACGUAAAGGAAACGUCAAGAUUAUUGAUAAGAAGGGCGAACUCCAGGACCUAGGAGGCAAGAAGAACAAGAGACCGGAUCGCCAGACCAUAGAGUCCGGCGGCGGUACUCUGAAAUUGUAGACCCGUGUUUGCCUUGGGGCUGUUCUAUGCUGGUCUCUAUAUUCCUGGCUUAAUUUUCCAGACGGGGAUUUCUGUUGAAAGCGAUUGGCAAGACGGGUCACUGGGGAGGACACAUUACAACAAUGAACCACCUUGAAUAGUUUAGAUAUCCGGCCAUACGUGCACAGCCUUGCUCUCCCCUAUUGCGCGGCUGGCAAUACAAUCUAUCAACAAAGCUCG